GUUUCAUCAAGCGUCUUUGACGCGUUCAUGAAAACAUUUAUUAGUGAGUGUCCAUGCAGCAUUUCUCAUUUACAUUUCCUAAAUGUUCAAAACGGACAGAUGCAAUAAUUAACAGUAUUUGAAGAUAAAUGCCGUGCAUUCAUCGCACAUAUAAAUGUCGAGGAUGCGGACGUUUGGACACGGCUAGCGCGCGACACAUUGCGCUGCUUUUGCUUCACUGAUUUGUAAAAGAAAAGAUAUCAAGUUGUCAGGGCAAUAGUGUGAUAUCUUCAUUAUUGUACGACGCUUUACGGCUAUACAAGUAAUAGCAGAGAAAGACAAGUCUCGUCAUCAACAGAGAGAAGAAGGAGAGUCGCGUCAUCAUUUCCGGGCCGUUGCUAGCCGGUAGAGUGGAUCGGGACGCAGGAUCGCGGGGUACUGGGAGCGGAGUGGUGUCCGUGUCCAUACCGAGACUGCAGGACAUUAGCAUGGCCACCGGCAAGGGAACAAGCAAACCGUCACUUUGGCAGAACGAACGGCUCCGGUUCAUCGUCUGUUUCUUCGGCGUGUUCGUCUGUUACUUUUAUUAUGGGAUACUGCAGGAGACAAUCACGCGAGGGGACUAUAGUCAUGGUGGGAAGAAGGAAAAGUUUCGCUAUGCCACCACACUUGUCUUCAUCCAGUGCAUCAUAAAUGCUGCUUUCGCCCAAAUCUUAAUAUGGUGUUUUGAUGGCGGGAAGCAGGACCACACAAAAAGCUGGCUAUAUGGCGUGUGCUCUUUGUCUUACCUGGGCGCCAUGGUGUCCAGUAACUCUGCACUGCAGUAUGUCAACUACCCCACACAGGUGUUGGGAAAAUCCUGUAAACCAAUCCCAGUCAUGAUUCUGGGUGUCACAAUCCUAAGAAAAAAAUAUCCAAAGGCAAAGUAUCUAUGUGUAUUUCUGAUCGUCGCUGGGGUCGCACUCUUCCUCUACAAACCCAACAAAGGUUCCACGACAUCAGAUGAGCACAUAUUUGGCUUUGGAGAAAUGCUGCUGCUGCUCUCUCUAACCCUGGAUGGGCUGACAGGUGUUUCUCAGGAUCACAUGAGGGCGCGUUAUCAGACGGGAGCCAAUCACAUGAUGUUAAAUGUCAACCUUUGGUCCACGCUGGUCCUAGGAAUAUCUGUGCUCUGGACAGGUGAAGUGUGGGAUUUUUUGACAUUUACUGAACGCUAUCCUAACAUCAUCAAUAAUAUCCUCCUGUUUGGUUUGACCAGCGCUCUUGGACAGACCUUCAUCUUUAUGACUGUGGUGUAUUUCGGACCUCUCACCUGUUCCAUAAUCACGACGACUCGGAAAUUCUUCACCAUCCUGGGUUCUGUGCUGUUGUUUGGAAACGUCAUCAGCACUAUGCAGUGGUUCGGGACAAUCCUUGUCUUCCUCGGACUUGGACUCGAUGCCAAAUUUGGAAAGACUCCUAAGAAGACGACGCACUAAAGAUUGUCUGUAUUGCGGACUCCUACAGAAUUGAUUCUCUAAACACUUUACAGCACUAUUUACAUCAGUGGUUUACUGCAGACAUUACGUUUUAGCACUCAAAGUAUUGUUAUUAUACUCUGAACAUUUAAUUAUGGGAUAUAUUUGCCUUUCAUCUCUCAAAAUGGUAUCCAUGGUAACAGUAAAGGUGCAGACUACAGUGUAUCUGUGCCUGUUAAUAAUCUGUUAAGCUGAAAUUUUAAAGCAAAAUCAAAACGGAUAAAGGUUGGAUAAAGAUCCUAUUUAAAGAUCGUAGUCUAAAAAGUGCACACGGCACGGUUUGAUUGUACUUCCUGGAACGACUGAAUUUUUAACUACCUGGAUUCAUGCUUUUUUGACAUAUUUAAAUACACCUACCAGUCAGUUGAGAAAUAAGACAGGCGGGUUCUGUCUUAAUUUAGGCAGUGAAUCUUGUUUUAUUGUCAGUGCAUUCCCCAGGAAGUGUGUAUGUCUGCGUGUGCGUGCUGUUUACAUUGUGUAUGAAAUAUACAAAUAUAAUUUACAGAUGGUGGGAGGCUGUUUAUAUAAGUUCACAGACAGACCCACUUGGAUAUUUUUUGUCAAAACAUGAAUUUUCAUACCUAAUAUUGUCAUAUUUAAAUUGAAAUCCUAAGUAAUCUCAUAUGUCUUGUUAAAGGUCAGUAAAGAAGCAAAUGUUUAGGAAGGUUUUUUUUUACACAAAAAAGAUAUAAUCUUCAUUGUAUUGUAUCCUUGGGUAAGAAUAAAAAUAAUAUUUUAUAGAUGAAUUGUAGUCUGCCUAUCUAAGCAGGGAUCUACUUGGAAUUGUUAUGAGUGUUUAAAUAAAAGGGAAACGUAAUCAGGUUGCUGGAUAAUGCAAUUGACCAGCUGUCACUGGGGAACGUCUGCCAAAUCCUCUCUCAUGUCUGCCAGCGUCAUGUUCUCGUUCUGUUUGGGAAGAGAAAACAAUUAAAUGACAUUAAACGCACAACCCUGAACAUGUGCCUGUGUGUAAUGUGCCUAUUUUCAGACACAUCUUUUAAAGUGCAUGUACUCAUAGGUGGUGUGAUACACAAUAGUGUCGCAGACAAUGUCUAGUCCUAUCUCUGGUUCUCUUGACAGGACAAGAGCAAAAGAUGAGCACUUAAAUCGGAUCAAAUGUACCUGACAAGAGUCAACACUGCACAUCUCAUAAAUGCGAUCGCAGUGACUGUUUGUUUAACAGGAACUUUGAGUAAAGGUUAAUGUGCAAUUCAGAACCGAAAAUGAAAUUGCAGGGAAACAAACACGGCCGGAUGUCAAGAAGGCAAUUUGAUUAAAAGAGCUAGCAGAGGAAAACUGGCAGCAAAGCAAAACUAUAUUUUCACACUCGCCAUUUGAACAAGCUGCCCUGAGGGUGUCCCAGCUAAAAUGGAUGAUAAAGAGUUUUUCUUCUUUUUCUUUCUUGCUUUGUUAUUAUAAUCUCAAACUCAUUUUUAUGAAUUUCAAGGGUGUUUUCGCAUCACGUCCCAUGAAUGUC